CCGGAAGCCGGAGUCGCGGCGGUUGCAGUCCCGACAGCUGUCGCCCGUCGCCAUGCGAGGCCUCGGGCCAGGCCUGACCGCGCGCCGCGUCCUCCCGGUGCUGCGGCCGCCCGGACCCCGGCUGGCGAGCGGGCCGGCGGCGGGCGCCCUGGAGCGGGCCAUGGACGAGAUGCUGCGCCGCUCCGUGCCCGCGACGCCGGCCUACGAGCUGCGCGAGAAGACGCCGGCGCCGGCCGAGGGCCAGUGCGCCGACUUCGUGAGCUUCUACGGCGGCCUGGCCGCGGGGGCCGAGCGCGCCGAGCUGCUGAGCCGCCUGGCGCGGGGCUUCGGCGUGGACCACGGCCAGGUGGCCGAGCAGAGCGCCGGCGUGCUGCAGCUGCGCCAGCAGCCGCGGGAGACGGCCGUGCUGCUGCAGGCCGAGGACCGGCUGCGCUACGCGCUGGUGCCGCGCUACCGCGGCCUCUUCCACCACAUCAGCAAGCUGGACGGCGGCGUGCGCUUCCUGGUGGGGCUGCGCGCCGACCUGCUCGAGGCGCAGGCCCUCAAGCUGGUGGAGGGGCCGCACGUCCGGGAAAUGAACGGAGUGCUAAAAGGCAUGCUCUCGGAGUGGUUUUCUUCAGGCUUCCUCAACCUAGAGCGGGUCACCUGGCACUCUCCCUGUGAAGUGCUUCAGAAAAUCAGUGAGUCUGAAGCUGUGCAUCCUGUAAAGAACUGGAUGGACAUCAAACGGCGUGUUGGGCCGUAUAGAAGGUGUUACUUCUUUUCUCACUGUGCGACCCCCGAGGAGCCCCUGGUCGUUCUGCACGUGGCCCUGACCAGCGAGAUCUCCAGCAACAUCCAGGCCAUCGUGAAGGAGUGCCCCCCAUCGGAAACCGAGGAGAAGAACCGGAUCUCCGCGGCCAUCUUUUACUCCCUCAGCCUGACCCAGGAAGGCCUGCAGGGCGUGGAGCUGGGGACCUUCCUCAUAAAGCGGGUCGUCAAGGAGCUGCAGAAAGAAUUUCCUCACGUCGGGGCGUUUUCAAGUCUGUCUCCUAUACCUGGAUUCACCAAGUGGCUUCUGGGGCUCCUGAACUCACAAGCAAAGGAUCAUGGGAGGAAUGAACUAUUUACAGAUUCUGAAUGUAAAGAAAUCUCUGAGAUCAUAGAUGGUCCCGUUAAUGAGACCCUCAAGGCCUUUCUCAGCAGCAACGAAUGGGUGAAGUCUGAGGAGCUGGUCGGGGUGCUCCAGGCCCCCUUGAUGAGGCUCUGUGCCUGGUACUUAUACGGAGAGAAGCACCGGGGCUAUGCCCUGAACCCUGUGGCAAACUUCCACCUGCAGAACGGGGCAGUGAUGUGGCGCAUCAACUGGAUGGCCGACGUGAGCCUCAAGGGCAUCACCAGCUCAUGUGGCCUGAUGGUCAACUACCGCUACUACCUGGAGGAGACGGCCGCCAACAGCACCAGCUACCGCAGCUCCAGGAGCAUCAAGGCCUCCGAGCAGGUCCUCGGCCUGGUGGCCCAGUUUCAAAAGAACAGCAAACUUUGAACCUGCCCUACAGCAGAUGUCCCCGAAUCAGAAAAGGAUCCUUGUCUGGAUGGGUCGGAGAUUAGAUAAUACAAGGGGCUUUCUCAGCAAGGCCAAGUUAAACUGUUCUCCUGGCCCAGCAGGUCACCCUGGGAGUCCCUGACCGGCACCACGCGAGAGCAGGUGUAGCCUCUGACGCUGGACAGAGGUGGUCACAGGUGGGCAGGGACAGGGUAUGUCUGUCAUUGUCUUCGCCGGGCUCCCUGCUGGGGUUGGUGCCGCAGCACCUCCGUCUUCAGAAAGCUCUGGAACCUCUGCCGGCCAUCAUCCCAGGGAGGCUCCCUCAGCCUCCAGGGACCCGGGUGACGGCCCAGGUGGAGAACACUGUUCUUGGAGCCUAGAGCGUGAUUCAGCGUGAUUGCUGCAGCCACUUCCCUCCACGUACUGCAAAGGGACGGGGCGCUGGUAGAGUUUACUAGUUAAAUUUUGAAGGUCACACAUGUAUGACAAGGUUCAUGACUUUGUACAAAGUUUACUAAAUUAAAUCACUCAACACAAAAGGUGUUACUUGGAGCUUAAAUUGGAUUACAGACUUUAAAAACUCA